AUGGCGCCUGCACCACCACGAAACAACCGUACAACUGUGCGACGUUCAAAAUCAGCACGUGCUGGUGUUUUAUUUUCAGUGCCACGUUUUCAUCGAUAUUUAAAAAAAUCUAAUCCAAAACAACGCGUUACAGUAGCUGCGAGUGUUUAUUGUGCAGCUGUUAUUGAAUAUUUAACUGCUGAAGUUUUAGAAUUAUCAGGAAAUGCAGCAAAAGAUCAUAAAAAGCAACGUAUAAAUGCGAGACAUAUAUUUUUGGCUGUUAGUAUUGACGAAGAAUUAAAAAAAUUACUUCAUGGAGUUACAAUUCCUCAGGGUGGUGUUUUACCGCAUAUUGAUUCAUUUUUAUUGAAAAAUAAAUCAGCCAAUGAUGAACAUGAUGUUUCACAAAAAGUAUCUAGACCACUUGCAUUAUCAACACCAGCAGCUGCAAAAGCGGCAUCAGGCGGUUCUGUUACCGCAAAACAAGGUAAAUCAGGCGGUGCAAAAGCUAAAGAUUCAUCGACUGCUGCAACCUCAACAGCUGCACAAAAGAAAACUGCAACUGCUGGCAUUGAUAGUUUUCUAUCGAAAAUUGCACAAAUGAGUGAAAACAAUAAUAGUUUAAAACGGAACAAUAAUUUAAAUUUAUCACAAAAGUCCAAAUCACCACCAAGAGAGCGGCAGGAACCUUCGCCCACAGUUUCGACGCAAAUACCAUCACGGAGUCGUCAACUAUGGAAUUUAGCAUUUGAAAAUGUAAUAGAAAAUGUUUCACCGCGAAAUGAAACGGACACAGGAUGGACAAAUCUUAUACGACUCGUCUUGUAUCUAUCACCAUCCGACAACGAUAUGUUAUUACAGACAUUGAAAAAACGUCAUUUAUCUCAGACACCUCCAUUAACAUGUGUAAGAAAUAUGUCAUCAGUACGUACGCGACGAGCGGCGUCAGAACAAGUGAAUCUUCAUGAUCGGUAAGAUUCAUAUAGUGUAUUGGUUUUUUUUGUUAUCAGAAACAUUUUCAUAUUAUGUUAACACACUUCUGUGCUGAAGUGGUGACAUUCAUAUUUUUUCUUCAUUUGAAUGUUCUUCUCAUUUGAAAUUGUUUAAAAUCUACAGUAUCGUGACUUGUUGGUAAAGAUUGAUUUUAAUUGUCACUUUUUCGUGAUGGAAAAGUAGUUUGAAAUCUGUAAGCUGCUUUUCAUAAUUAAUGUUGAUAAUCUCUCUUGCUUAAGAUUUCAAUUUCAAUUAGUUAAAGUUAGAAUUAAAUGUCAUUAUAUAGCCAUGCUACUCUGUAAAAAAAAUGGUUCUCUAUCGAAGGUUCAUACUUUUGAAACGAAGUCGAAAUCUUUAAAGAUUCUGUUGAAAAAAGGUUUCAUGACAAACUCGUACUUUUUUAUCCAGAAAAAAGAUUCGGUAGCGGUCAUUUAUCCGAAUCUUUUGUUUAAUUUUUUGGACACUAUUCUAUUCAAGAGGCCAUUCUAAGCUCAAAAGAUAGAGACUUUCCUUCUGUAACAGAGAUCGGCAUGGGUCAGGCUUUUGGUCGAACCGGGCUGGGCUAGAAAGCUUUUAAGAUCGGUUGGGCUGAGCCGAGGACUUCUCUUUCUUUCCAAGGGCACAUGGUAUACAUACACAUGGUAAAAUACAUUAAUAAAACAUGUUCGUGAUGAAUAUUAUAAUAUUUCUUUCUCUAAUAUGUAGCUGAAUAAACAGGUUAUCGAGUACAUACAAAGAUUGGAAAAAAACAAUGCAAACGACCAACAAUCUCGCUGUUUUUUUUACGAAGCCUUCUUGCAUUCCUUAAAUUAAAUACGAAAUCUUUCUUAGUUUCAUACAUUGAGCACAAAGCCUUUGGAUCUACGAAGCUUCUACAGAUUCAGUAAAUAAACGCGAAACUAUUAAAAGCUCAGAAAUGAUCCACAAAAUCAUUAAGAUAUAGUAAGGAACCAUCUUUUUUUAGAGAGUACUCGUUUAACUCUAAUUUAGAUCUGACAAUGUAAUAAUUACUAUGCGUUCCAAAAUACAAGACAGUCAGCCACUUUUUGAAUAACUUUUGAUAGGAAUAAGAUAGAGACCUGCGAUUUUCGCUGUUCAAUAGCCAAGACUUGAGCAGAACUUUCUACAAGCGGAAGCAACUUUUGAAAAAAUUCCAGAGAUCGGGUUUCUAGAGGAUCUUUGGAAAACCAGCUCUGUUCUCAGAAAACUAACAUACAAUGUUAGUAAUUUUUUUGCAUGCGUAGAUAGUCCGGACGUUACUCUACAAAAUUAUGCAAGUCCCGGCUCUCCAGCUGUCGUCGUUCGGGCAGGGCUCGCUUUCC